CUCCGGAGUGGGCGAGGAGCCGAGCGCUUCCAGCGGGCAGCGGGGGGAAGCCCCGGGCCGUCCGGUGGGCGGAAGGUGAUCGCUUCCAGCGGGCAGCUCUGGGUGGACGAGGCGCAAGGGCAGGCAGCAGGCAACGGCCGCCUCGCCGUAGCCGGCCCAUCCAUCGGGCCCGCGGCGGCGGCGUCACCCGUCGGAGCCCGAACCCGGCUCCCUCAUGGCUGCGGCCAAGGCAGAGAUGCAGCUCCUGCCCUCGCUGCAGAUCUCCGACCCCUUCGGCGUCUUUCCGCACUCGCCUCCCGCCAUGGACGGCCACUAUCCCAAACUGGAGGAGAUGAUGCUGCUCAGUGGCGGGGGACAGUUUCUUGCACCUUCCGGGGCGCCCGAGAGUGCGGGCUUCGGCGUGGCCGGGGAGCCCGGCGAGCAACAUUUUGAGCACCUCGCGGCAGACACUUUUCCUGAGAUCUCCCUGAACAACGAGAAAGCCAUGCCAGAAACCAGCUAUUCCAACCAAACGACACGGCUACCACCAAUUACCUACACGGGGCGCUUCUCCCUAGAGCCGGCCCCCAACAGUAGCAACUCUUUAUGGCCAGAGCCCCUCUUCAGCCUUGUCAGUGGGCUGGUGAGCAUGGCUAAUGCACCUCCCACCUCUACAUCCUCUUCAUCUUCUCCUUCCUCUUCACAGAGCACUCCCCUGAGCUGUUCUGUCCAAGCCAGUGAGAACAGUCCAAUUUAUUCAGCUGCACCAACUUUCCCCACUUCCACCUCUGAUAUUUUCCCCGAACCGCAGACCCAGUCCUUUCCCAGCCCCUCUGGAGUCCCCAUCCAAUAUCCACCUCCAGCUUAUCCAACUGCUAAAACCAACUUCCAGGUACCAAUGAUCCCGGAUUACCUGUUCUCUCAGCAACAGAGUGAGCUCAACCUUAUCUCAGCUGAUCAGAAGCCCUUCUCAGCCCUUGAGACCAGAGCACAGCAGCCUUCCCUCACACCGCUGUCCACUAUCAAGGCAUUUGCCACACAGACUGGCUCUCAGGAGUUGAAGACCCUCAACACUAACUAUCAGUCCCAGCUGAUCAAGCCCAGCAGGAUGAGGAAAUACCCUAAUCGUCCCAGCAAGACACCUCCUCAUGAACGGCCCUAUGCUUGCCCAGUGGAGUCCUGUGACCGGCGAUUUUCACGGUCUGAUGAACUAACUCGUCACAUUCGCAUCCACACUGGACAGAAACCUUUCCAAUGCCGCAUUUGCAUGCGGAACUUCAGCAGGAGUGACCACUUGACCACACACAUCCGCACACAUACAGGAGAGAAGCCAUUUGCAUGUGACAUUUGUGGCAGAAAGUUUGCCAGAAGUGACGAGAGGAAGAGACACACCAAAAUCCAUCUUAGGCAGAAGGACAAGAAAGUGGAAAAGGCAGCUUCAGUCUCAACUACUUCUUCCCCUGUUGCUGCCUACUCAUCCUCUGUGGCUACGUCCUACUCUUCCUCCGUAGCCACCACUUACCCCUCACCAGUGCGCACAGUGUAUUCCUCCCCUGCUUCCUCUUCCUAUCCCUCCCCUGCACACACAGCAUUCCCAUCCCCAUCGAUAGCAACCACUUACCCCUCUGUCACUGCCACGUUUCAGACCCAAGUGGCCACUUCCUUCCCAUCUCCUGGGGUUACCAAUAAUUUCAGCUCACAGGUGACUUCAGCACUUUCAGACAUGACAUCAACCUUUUCUCCAAGGACAAUUGAGAUUUGCUAAGAUCACCUUCUGGAACAGGAGCGUUCACCUCUUCCACUGGCACUAUGAGACAUGGAGUCUUCAGUUACUCCCCCAACACUGUAUGUUGCAAGGCUAUCUAAUAUUUCUUUAAAAUUCAGCUGCCUGAAAAAACUGCUGUUUAAGUUUUCCACCACUGUUGAUUAACUUAAUUUGCAUGGACUGUGGAUAUAAGUUCAGUAUAAUUUUCCCCAUAAACAAACGAUAGUAUUUUAUUGAGAGGAAAGGACCUUUAAUUAAGCACAUAGCUGAUGUAAAUUGUAUGUGUGCCAUGGUUUUGCUUUCCUUUAGGUACUGUUGAUGUUGAAAAAUUUUUGCAUAUCCACGUUGUAUUAUUUGGAGUUUGCAGGGCCAUAUUUUGUAAAUGUUAAUUCUAUUUUAGUGGCAAUGCUGUAAUGAGUUUAAAACUUCUUUGGGUACAGCACUUACUGUAUUUGAGCAUGUAAGAGUGAUGUUAUGUAAAAAACACCUGAUAAGACACUCAAAUGUGGCAGAAGUUUUGUUUUUAAAGUUACAAGUCUUGGUGCCUUUUUGUGAAGCCUUGCUGAUGUCAUGCAUUUGUGUGAAUAGAUGCUUUGCAUCUUGCCUUAAAGCAAAAGGGAUGUUAUGCAAACAAUGUAAGAGAAAGCAGGGAAUGGGUGGGGAAGGGAACACUAGUAUGCCCUGGGAGACAGAAUGUAAGCAAAAAAACCCCACAGAAACAAAUAGGAAACAAAUUAAGAAGAACAACAACAAAAUCCCACUUCUCAAAGUCUAUUUUUGUUACAAAAAUGUAAAUUUAUAAGUAUGUAUAUUCAGGAGUUGGAAUGUUGUAGUUACCUACUGAGUAGGCAGCAAUUUUUUUGUAUGUUAUGAACAUGCAGUUCAUUAUUUUGUGAUUUAUUUUUACUUUGUAAUUGUGUUUGUUAAAAUGAAAGUGACUGUUUGGCUUCUAAAUACAUUGAAUGCGCUUUCCUGCAAAUGGGAUAUUUGGUGUACCAAUACCCUUCAGAAAAUGUAAUAAAAAAGCAAAAUCAAAUCA